UGUGAUUUGGCGUUACCUACAAAAAAUUUAAAAUCUCAUCACUCCUCAUGUUUCUAUGUUCUUUUGUCUUAUCUGUAAAACACUUUACCUUGUGAGUGUGUGUGAAUUGGGCUGUGAGCCAUAGGUUAACUUGUCUUGUCCCGCCCAAGACUGUAUCUCAGUUUAAACCAGUUUUGUUACAGUCGGGAUGUGUGAGUGUAUAAAUGCUUCAACAAGGUCCACGGAUACCUGUGCCUGUCUCAUUUCCAAUUCUGGAAGACUUUUCCUUUCUAUUCUGAACAAUGACUGAGGCAGAGUUAUACACAGUUUACAAGGGAAUAUAUGUACCGGCACAUCUGCACACUCCACAGAGUCUGAAAUACUUUGAGGAGUUCUCCUUUCGGCCAGAUGACAUCCUCAUUACAACAUAUCCAAAGUCAGGUACGACUUGGAUGCAGGAGAUUGUACCUCUGAUCAUGAGUGGAGGAGAUCCAGCCUCUGUUGAGAGUCUGUGUAACUGGGACCGUGUUCCUUGGCUGGAGGAGACUCGGGCCUCUGAGCUCAAUCUCGAGGAUCGGCCAUCUCCACGAUUAUUAACUACACAUUUUCACUACAGCAUGAUGCCUCCAUCAUUCUUUGAAGCUAAACCAAGGGUUAUCUAUGUCAUGAGGAACCCCAAAGAUGUAUUUACAUCUGCCUUUCACUAUUAUGGGAUGGCUUCCCACUUGGUCAACCCCGGCCACCAGAGCGAGUUCCUCCAGAAGUUCCUUAAUGGAAAAGGUGUGUACGGCUCGUGGUUUGACCAUUUGAAAAGCUGGCUGAAUGCUGAGCACAAGGAGCAUAUAAUGUACAUCUCAUAUGAGGAGCUGAAAAUGGACCUGAAGGACUCUGUGGCCAGAAUCUCUCAGUUCUUGGAGAAAUCUCUUGAUGCUGAGGUGAUAGACAAGAUUGCAGAUCGAUGUUUGUUCAAGAACAUGAAGCAAAACAACAUGUCCAACUACUCUACAGUUCCUCGUGAAUUCAUGGACCAGACAAAAUCUGAAUUCCUCAGGAAAGGAAUAAUUGGAGACUGGAAAAAUCAGCUGACAGUAGCAGAAGCAGAACACUUUGAUGCUGUUUACAAAGACAAAAUGAAAAAUGUCAAAUACAAGUUUGUAUGGGAUUAAUAGAAACUUGGUGAAAAAACGGAAUAUUAAUGUUUAGAAUUUAGAAACUUGCUGUGUAUGAUAUUUGUUUUACUAUAUAUACUAUACUGAUCUUACAAUGAGCAUUUUUUUUCAUCUGUUCAGUUCACAUUGGACACGUUUAGUGCAACUCCUCAUGUAACUGGCUGACAUAUUAACAAUAGUCUGAAAGUUGUCAUUAAAACAAACAGUAGUUGCUUUAUUAAAUAUAAUAUGGAGCAUAGUUUAUCUAACACUUUUGAUUACUACAUAAUUCCAAAUGUGUCAGUUUUGAUGUCUUCAGUUUUGUUCUACUCUGUUGUAAAUAGUAAAAAUAAAAACUUUUCAGUAAGUGAAUGUGCCAACCGGUACACCGAUAGAGAGGUGGAUACAUUAACAAAAUAAUUAACAUUUUUAAACAGUCUUUAACAGAUUUUUUUUUGAACAAAUUAGUUUUUAAUGUGUUAAUUUACUGAUUUUCUCUAUUUUGUUUCAUUAGAGAUGAAGUGCUUAUUUACAUAAACAACCACUACAAAAUUGUAAAUAAUAUCCACAUUAAAAAUCUGUACCUUUAUGAAUGAAAUAAAAUCACAGAGAUCAAUUCAA